AUGGCGACGCUGGCAGAAGACCAGCCCUUCUGGGCCCCGAUUAUGGGAAUUUUUGACUUCACUCUGAAGUUCGAAGAAUCCAUCCUUCAGAUACUUCCGUCGGGCUUGGUCAUUGCCAUGCUUCCAGUUGCCAUAUUCCAUUAUUGGAAGCAGCCGGUAUAUGUGCGCAGCAGCCCGCUUCUCUGGGUCAAAUUGAUUGUAUUGAUUGCUCUUGUUGUCAUAGAGGCGACUAGCUUAUCGCUUCGGACAAUGUCCACCGAAGCCCGUACAGACACCUCCGUACCUGCAGCGUCUAUGGAGUUGAUUGCUGCGCUCACAAUUGGCAGCAUUAUUUACAUGGAGCACCGACACGCCAUACGCACUUCCGCCCUACUUGGCGUCUCUCUUCUUGUUGGGAUUUUUAUUGACAUCGUCAAAAGUCGCUCCUUCUUUCUCCGACACGAUCUGGCUGCCCUCGGUGCUCUCGCUGUCGCGAGCGGUUCCCUCCGCCUCUGCCUGCUCAUACUUGAGGAGAUAUCCAGGAGAGCGCUGGUUGUCGACAAGGGUAUACGCCAAUCUCUGAGUGCGGAAGCUACUAGCGGCUUCAUGACUAGGCUACUGUUCCUAUUUCUGAUCCCGAUGCUUACUGCAGGCUUUAGCCAAGAACUUGGUCACAAACAUCUUACCGAAUUGGGUCUCGAUUUCUCCUCACAACACAUGCAUGAGAAGCUCAAAAAACAUUGGAAGCGCGCAAAGGACCACGACUUGAGACCAGGGCUGAUGCUUGCUUGUUGGAGUGCCUGGCAAUACCAGAUACUUCAAGUUUUUGCCGUGCGGCUCCUUGCUUCCUGCUUUAUUCUUGCUCAACCAUUUGUCAUCCAGGCCAUCAUAGAAGCAGUGGACCUACAUGCGCCAGCAAAAUUAGCACAGUCGCCUGGCCUAGUGUGGGCUACCAUCCUCGUGUUCGGUGGCGCUACACUAACAAAGACUGCCGCUACUCAUCUGGCCAAUCGUCUCAUUACGCAGAUUCGCGGUGCCUUGAUUGGGAAUCUCUUCGAAAAGAAUCAUUUGUUGAGCGAAGAAGAGGCCAAGAAAUCUGCAGCGUUGACUCUUAUGAGCACUGAUGUCGAUGCAAUCGCCAGCGGCCUACCCCAGUGUAUUGAAAUUCCUAUUGCUGUCGCCGAGACUGGUCUUGGCAUAUACUUCCUCUCCUUCUUUAUCGGCUAUUCUUGCGUCAUCAUCUUGUUCCCUGUCCUGUUUACGACCACUACUUCAUACGUUCUUGGGAAGUGGAUUGGGCCUGCCUUCGCAAGUUGGAAUCAGAGCAUUGAAACCAGAGUUGCAAAAACUUCGAACAUACUGGGCCAACUGCCUGGUAUCAAAAUGCUCGGCCUCGGCCCUACAGUCAGCGUAUUCCUGCAUCGCCUUCGUGUAGAAGAAAUCAAAGUUUCCAACAGAUAUCGCAAACUUAUUUCACUCUCGGUACUCCUCGUCCAAUUUGCCGAUUUAAUGAGUCCCAUUAUUGUGGUUGCGGGCGGGUUUUUCUGGCAUGGCUUUGACCAUGAAAUGACAGCCUCGAAAGUUUUCCCUACUUUAGCCAUAGUUGGGCUUGUUCAAGGCCCACUCGCGCGCAUUCUGGAAGCCUAUCCGACGGCCAUGUCAAUGGUCGUAUGCUUCACCCGGCUACAGGCAUUUCUACACUUGAAAGAACGCUUUGACUCUCGCAUCAAAUGGGAUCCCUCUGCACCGCCAGAGUCCUACGAAUCAGUUCCGACGCACUUUGGGUCAACAACCAUGCGGCCGCGUCCCCCUCCUCCGAAUCCUACUGGCGUUGUACAGUUUGUUGACGCCAUGUUUGGACCUCGCAACAUGGAGGAUGCACUCCUGCAACAUGUCAGCUUCUCUCUUGACCAAGCAUCUGUGACUUCUAUUGUUGGCCGCACCGGAUCGGGAAAGUCAACGCUUCUAGGCGGUGUUCUGGGCGAGACUCGCAACUCGGGCGGCUAUAUCUAUGUUGAGGAUGGAGCCAAAAUCGCAUACUGCGGCCCAGAUGUAUGGCUCAGGGAUGUCUCCAUCCGCGACAAUAUUCUGAAUUUCUUGCCCUAUGAUUCAGCCCGAUUCACCCUUGCCAUAAAGUGUUGUCAACUCGAAGAAGACUUGUCGCGGCUUCCUGGUGGCGACCAAUACGUGGUCGGCACCAAUGGAGCCAAUCUUAGCGGCGGACAGCGCCAGCGGGUAGGCAUAGCAAGAAUUGUUUUCGCACAAGCCCCAGUGACUGUUCUGGACGAUGUCUUCAGUUCACUGGAUCGAACCACUGCUGUCUCUGUCAUGCACGCACUUUGUGGUGAAAAUGGUGUCUUGAGACAGUCUGGCUCUGCUGUUCUAUUGGCUUCGCAUUUGCCUGAGUGCCUUCGGGUUUCUGACCAGGUUGCGAUCAUUGAUGCGGAGGGAAAUGUGACUUUGGAUCAAGGGGAAUUUUUGAACCCCGACAGGGAGCUGCAAAUCAGCACGCUCCUCGACCCCGCGAAAGCUUGUGUGGCACCAGAGAUUGAGGACAAACAGCAAGCUGUGCUUCGCAGAACGUUGGAAUAUGAAUUCUACGAGUCUGAGAGUGCCGCAAGUCAGAGGAAUUAUGCGAGACAAAAAGGAGACAUGCGCCUAUAUUUGCUCUUCAUAGAUCCCAUCGGACGGCUCAAUGCUUUCCUCUACAGCUGGCUCAUCUUUCUCCUCUCAAGCGGUGAAAUUCUUCCAGACAUAUACGUGCGACUGUGGAUUGAGAUGGAUCCAAAGAGCGCAAUCUACUUUUAUGGAUAUGCCGGUAUUGCAGCAGCUACCUGCAUGAUUGGCAGCUUGGUUUAUUUUCUUCUGUACACGAAGUUUGCCGCGCGUGCUUCAAUAAGCCUUCACGAGCAGCUACUCCAUACUACCAUGCAUUCAACGCUUGCAUUCUUGAGCGUUACCAAAGUUGGCAAUCUCGUCAAUCGUUACAGCCAAGAUUCGCUCUACUUUUCCAAACAACUGCCUGCCUACAUGAUGAGGACUCUCUAUGUAUUCUAUACGGCUGUGAUCCUCACUGGGAUCAUCUUGUCAGGAGCUACAUACAUGUCUCUUACUCUUCCAAUUAUUCUGAUAAUUUUGUUCUUCGUCCAACGCUUCUACCUACGCACAUCACGGCAAAUGCGUCACCUCGACUUGGAGAGAAAAGCACCACUCUACACGUUCUUCCAAGAGUCAGCUGAUGGUCUACGGUAUAUUCAAUCCUCACAAUCACAACAGAAGAAUCUCGAACUCGGCCACCGUCUUCUAGACGAGUCUCAGCUGGCAUUUUAUCUGAUGUACUGCAUUCAGCAGUGGCUGAAUAUUGUUUUGGGCUUGAUAAGCACUUUUGUUGCUUUUGUACUGGUAAUGAUCACGCUGUUUACAGAGGACAGCACGUCAAAGCCCGCAGUGGGCCUAGCUUUCUUGGGAAUCUUGGCCUUCAACCGAACGAUUGAAUUUCUCCUUCAGUCAUGGACUCAUUUAGAAACCUCACUUGGAGCUCUCCUCAGACUUCGCCAGUUCAAAGAGGAAACACCGCAGGAAAACAAGCAAGCACAUGUGACCUUGCCUGAGAGUUGGCCGUCCGUCGGCAAAGUUGAUAUAACCAAUGUCACCGUCAGGUAUAGGCCGACCGAAAAUGUUCCUCCUGUCUUGAAAGAAGUUUCCCUGUCAGUAUCGGCAGGGGAUAAAAUAGGCAUUGUCGGCCGAACAGGCAGUGGCAAAACUUCUCCCCUCCUGGCAUUACUUGGCUUCCUCGACUACAGCGGAACAAUCGAAAUUGAUGAUGUUGAUCUGAAGUCUAUCCAGCCCGAUUUGCUACGAUCUCGUCUUGUAACGAUUUCACAAGAGUUGGUGAAAUUUGAUGCGACCAUUCGGGUAAAUUUGCUUCCUUUCGGCAUGAAUGAUGCGCUGGAUGAAGACGAUGAAAAAGCGAGAGAAGAUGCCGCUGAGCAAGACAGAAGCGUAGAAGCGCUUCUGGAGCGGCUGGAUAUCUGGAGACAGAUCAGACAUAGAGGAGGUCUGUAUGCUUUACUCACAGAUGUAGGAUAUUCUCAGGGUGAGAUGCAGCUGCUUUGCCUGGCCAGAGCAAUUCUAAGACAACGCGAAACUCGAUCUAGAGUAGUUCUGAUCGAUGAGGCGACGAGCAGCAUGGAUAUUCUCAGAGAUGACGCAGCCCGCCAGAUCAUGGAUGAGUCUUUUAAGGAAUGUACAGUCCUCACCAUUGCUCAUCGACGGGACACUCUCAGAGAUGCCGACCGCACGAUCGAGCUGUCGAGGGGGAAGAUUUGCGGUUCUGAUACUCCAAGCGGCGAUACAGACAAGGAGUCUUCACCUCACCGCUCUGUCAGCGUUCCCUGCUAG